CAAAAUCGUAAAUAACUAGACAUAGUCAUCUCAGAGGAACCCUAACCCAUACCUCACUAUAAAUAAUUACAUUGCUACUCAUCCUUCGCUCUAUACUGCUUCUUUCCCGGCCCCUUAUCUCUCUGUUUUCCUGUUUUGAGAUAUCUUUCAUAUCAAUCUUAGACCUCUAUAAUGGGUAAGGAGAAGGUUCACAUCAACAUUGUGGUCAUUGGCCAUGUCGACUCUGGAAAGUCCACCACCACUGGCCAUCUUAUUUACAAGCUUGGAGGUAUUGACAAGCGUGUGAUUGAGAGGUUCGAGAAGGAAGCUGCUGAGAUGAACAAGAGGUCAUUCAAGUAUGCCUGGGUGCUUGACAAGCUCAAGGCUGAGCGUGAACGUGGUAUCACCAUUGAUAUUGCCUUGUGGAAGUUUGAGACCACCAAGUACUACUGCACUGUCAUUGAUGCACCUGGCCAUCGUGACUUUAUUAAGAACAUGAUUACUGGUACCUCCCAGGCUGACUGCGCUGUUCUUAUCAUUGACUCAACCACUGGUGGUUUUGAAGCUGGUAUUUCCAAGGAUGGUCAAACCCGUGAGCAUGCUCUCCUUGCUUUCACCCUUGGUGUCAAACAAAUGAUUUGCUGCUGCAACAAGAUGGAUGCUACUACCCCUAAGUACUCCAAGGCCAGGUACGACGAAAUUGUCAAGGAGGUCUCCUCAUAUCUCAAGAAGGUUGGCUACAACCCUGACAAGAUUCCUUUUGUGCCCAUCUCUGGGUUCGAGGGUGAUAACAUGAUUGAGAGGUCCACCAACCUUGACUGGUACAAGGGCCCAACUCUUCUUGAAGCUUUGGACCAGAUUCAGGAGCCCAAGAGGCCCUCAGACAAGCCUCUCCGACUCCCACUUCAGGACGUCUACAAGAUUGGUGGCAUUGGAACUGUCCCAGUGGGUCGUGUUGAGACUGGCGUCCUGAAGCCUGGUAUGGUUGUGACUUUUGGACCCACUGGACUGACAACUGAAGUCAAGUCUGUAGAGAUGCAUCAUGAGGCUCUCCAGGAAGCCCUCCCUGGUGAUAAUGUUGGGUUCAAUGUGAAGAACGUUGCUGUGAAGGAUCUCAAGAGAGGAUUCGUGGCAUCAAAUUCUAAGGAUGAUCCUGCCAAGGAGGCUGCCAACUUCACAUCACAGGUCAUCAUCAUGAACCAUCCUGGUCAGAUUGGAAAUGGUUAUGCUCCAGUGCUAGAUUGCCACACCUCUCACAUUGCUGUCAAGUUUGCUGAGAUCUUGACCAAGAUUGAUCGCCGAUCUGGCAAGGAGCUUGAGAAGGAACCAAAGUUUUUGAAAAAUGGUGAUGCUGGUUUCGUGAAGAUGAUUCCAACAAAGCCCAUGGUUGUGGAGACUUUCUCCCAGUAUCCUCCACUGGGGCGUUUUGCUGUGAGGGACAUGCGCCAGACUGUUGCUGUUGGUGUGAUCAAGAGUGUCGAUAAGAAGGACCCAAGUGGAGCCAAGGUCACCAAGUCUGCUGCCAAGAAGGGAGGGAAGUGAAUCAUGCGGUGCAAAAGUAUUAAUUAUUUGGAGAAAAUUGUAUGUUGCCAUACGAGUCUUUUGAGUUGUUAUAAUUGUAUUGUUGUUUUGACUUUUACCCAGAAUUGGGUGCUGGACCGUCGGUGGCAUCACAUUUAAUAUUUUCUGACGGUUGGUUUGUUGCACGAUUUUGAUGUGGUGUUUAACAUGGAGGUCGGAGACAUUUUCCUUUCAUGCUUCCUAGUUUUAGCUCCAUCGUUUCAUUCUGGCUUGUUAGAGUGUUCGAGACAAUUAUCUUUUUGUGAUCUUGUGCAACAUUUUGAAAUAUAUACUUCUCUUACCAGGUUACUACA